AUGUCGCUGUCGCGGACACCCACCGAUCUCUACAUCAACGAUGCGGUCAAUUACCAGCUGGCAAGCCUCGCCAGCCCCUAUGCCGACUUUGUGACCUCAAACACUACCAGAGUGCUCAUCAUUUACACCGGCGGGACCAUCGGCAUGAAGCACUCGGCCGACGGCUACAUCCCCGUCAGUGGAUUCCUGAGCAAGACUCUCGCGAGCCGGCCCCAGUUCCACGAUCCCUUGGGCAUCUUCGAGUCCGGCAGCGCUGCCCCGAGCGGCUUCCAGUCGGCUGCGGCCAGCGGCGAGCUCCUCAACCCCAGAACCACCGUCAACGGAACGCCAGUCAUCCGAACUCAUUUGCCCGCCCUGAUCUCGCCGGCCUCGCUCUACGGCAAGCGGACUCGAUACUCGAUUCUCGAGUAUGAUCCACUGCUCGAUUCGUCCAACAUGAAUAUGACGGAUUGGGUCAAGAUUGCGACGGACAUUGAGGUCAAUUACGAGCUUUUCGACGCCUUCAUCAUCCUGCACGGAACCGACACGAUGGCAUACACGGCCAGCGCCCUGUCGUUCAUGCUCGAAGAGCUCGGCAAGACCGUGAUUCUGACGGGAUCGCAGGUCCCGCUCUCAGAGGUCCGGAACGACGCCGUUGAAAACGUUCUCGGGGCGCUGACUAUUGCCGGCCACUUUGUGAUUCCGGAGGUCGGGCUGUACUUUUCGCACAAGCUUUAUCGCGGUAAUCGCAGCUCCAAGGUCGAUGCUGUCGACUUCAACGCUUUUGAUUCGCCCAACAUCCGACCGCUCGUCUCCGUUGGAAUUAACAUUGAUGUGUCGUGGCCCAUCAUCUUCCGGCCGUCGGCCAUCGAAAGGUUCCGUGUGCACAAGAAGAUGACCACCGACAUUGCCACCCUCCGCUUCUUCCCGGGCAUAUCGGCGCAUACGGUCAAGUCCUUCCUCGCCCCUCCUGUCAAGGGUGCGAUCCUUGAGACCUUUGGCAGCGGCAAUGGCCCCAGCAACAACCCGGAGAUUCUCCAGAUCCUCAAGGAAGCCAGCGAUCGCGGCGUUGUCAUUGUCAACUGCACACAAUGUCGGCGAGGUCUCGUCACCGAUAUUUACGCCACGGGGAAAGCCUUGUUGGAUGUUGGUGUGAUUCCCGGAUACGAUAUGACGGCAGAGUGUGCACUGGCCAAGCUGUGCUAUUUGCUCACUAAGGGAUAUGGCCCCGAGGAGUGCCGCGGACGCAUGAGGCUGAAUCUGCGCGGCGAGCUCACGGUUCCGAUCCGGAGCCAGCGAUUUACCUACGAGCAUCGCACACGUGGGCUCAUCAACUCGGUUAUGUCUCUCCUGGGCCACGGAGACAGCCUGCCCCGACGACCGUCGAUCGAAGGUGUCUCCAGCAGACGCCCUGAUACCCUGACCUUUGGCGAGCCCAAGCGAGAUCCUGCCGAGAUUGCAUCGCUGGAAGUGAACCUGGUACCCUUCCUGCUCUGUCAGGCAGCGCGCAUUGGCGAUAUCGUUGGAAUCAUGGAGGUCCUUGGCGAAUACGAGGGACUAGUCAACGUGGGCGACUAUGACGGACGGACGCCGUUGCAUGUCGCAUGUAGCGAGGGCCAGAUUGCCACAAUCCAGUUCCUUUUGGGACGUGGGAGCAAUGUUCACUCCCGAGACCGCUUUGGACACUCGGCUCUGUGGGACGCUGCCAGCAGUAGCAACCGCGAAGCUGUACAGCUGCUCCGGGACUGCGGUGCCCAUUUCUCGGAGGAAGAGCAGUCCGAAGUUGUCAUCAGACUGACCAGGGUCGUGGCUCUGGAUGACGCCGGAACCCUCGCCGCUUUCAGCGUGGCCGGUGCCGACCUUGGUCGUAGAACCUUUGGCAAACUCGCCUUGAUCCAUUUGGCCACACUCGAGAACCGGCUCAAAUGCCUUCGCUUCCUGGUGGACGAGUCUCUGGCUCGACUCAGGGCCACGCCGGUCUCCGUCGCAGGCCUCGAAGCCACCCACUUAUUGGACAGCAUCGAUCUCGAACCCCGCGAUGUGUCUCAGAAGACGCCGCUGGCGAUUGCACGGGAGCUCGGUCACCAGGAGGCAGCCAGGAUCCUGGCCGAGGGCAUCGACCAAACGCGCGCCCUGAUUGGCUAACUUUGGACCAGAUUGUCUUGGAUUGCCUUGGAGCAUGGCAAGGAAAGGACCGGUUGGGCGACGAGGCCUGGCCUCGGGAGGGACGGAAACAUGCGUACUGUCGGGUCAUCAAUACAACGCCGCCCAGAGGGCGAGGCGUAUGGAAAUCAA